AGAAUGCAUCACCGUCUACAUUCUUUCCUGCUUGGAAUCCUUCCGGCUUGAGAACGUUCCUCCCUCUUUCCAGUGCAGAUGAAAGGCGGUUACUUCGCCCGGGUGAGGGGGAAUGUUGACGGUGUAACACCAGACCAGAGACAAGAGUCUUUUCGCAUCUUUUAGCUAACUGUUCGCUUUUAAACAAUUUUAAAUAGGUUAGUUUAACAUAAUUUGGCGCAACUCCAAUGAGUGCCAGAGAGCACAGUGAUGAAAGCAGCAAACGGAGAGUGGCGUACAUCUACAGCCCGGAGUACAUCGAGACUUGUGACACUUUAUCCAAAGUCCCAAACAGGGCGAGUAUGGUCCACUCCCUGAUAGAAGCUUAUGGACUGCUUCCACACAUGAGCGUUGUGAAACCUCGAGUUGCCACAAUGGAAGAGAUGGCCAUGUUCCACACAGACUCCUACCUGGAGCAUCUGCACAAGAUCAGCCAGGACGGAGACAACGAUGACCCCCAGUCAGCCGACUACGGCCUGGGCUAUGACUGUCCUGUGGUGGAGGGCAUAUUUGACUAUGCGGCAGCAGUAGGGGGCGCUACUCUGACGGCAGCCGAGUGUCUGUUGGACCAAAAGUGUGAAGUGGCCAUUAACUGGGCGGGAGGCUGGCACCAUGCUAAAAAGGAUGAGGCUUCAGGGUUCUGCUACGUGAACGAUGCUGUGCUGGGGAUCCUCAAGCUGAGGGAGAAACAUGAGCGGGUUCUGUACGUGGACGUUGACCUGCAUCAUGGAGACGGUGUGGAGGAGGCCUUCAGUUUCACAUCAAAGGUUAUGACGGUUUCUCUGCACAAGUUUUCUCCUGGAUUUUUUCCCGGCACCGGCGACGUCUGUGACACGGGGCUCGGAAAAGGCCGUUGGUACGCUGUGAACAUCCCACUGGAGGACGGCAUCCAGGACGACAGAUACUUCCAGGUUUUCACCAGCGUGAUGCAGGAGGUGCGGUCGCAGUUCAACCCGGAGGCCGUACUGAUGCAGCUGGGCGCCGACACCAUGGCGGGCGAUCCCAUGUGCUCCUUCAACAUGACCCCUGUAGGGGUGGCCAAAUGUCUGCUGAACGUCCUGCAGUGGCAGCUACCUACCCUGCUGCUGGGAGGAGGAGGUUACAACCUGGCCAACACGGCCCGCUGUUGGACGUUCCUGACCGCGACGGUCUUGGGAAAGACGCUGUCCUCAGAAAUACCCGACCACGAGUUUUUUACAGAGUACGGACCAGACUACUCGCUGGAGAUCAGUCCGAGCUGCAGGCCAGACCGCAACGACAGCAAACACCUGGAGCGGGUCAUCAGCACCGUCAAAGGGAAUUUAAAGAAUGUGGUUUAGGACCUGGCAGCCUCAGCCAAGCUACACACACACACACACACACACGCCGUCUCUCCGAACCAGGUCUACGCUCGGCAGCUCUAAUGAAGACAAUAUGGAGUGGACCACUCCUGCCCCAAGGCAGGGAUUGAGCGAACAAGGGAGAAGAGAACAAGACAGUUUUGGAAAACAUUAGUUGAGUGUUUCCAGGGGGAGAACAGUUUAAUAAGGGAUGGGGGUUGACGUGGUCUCUAUUCAAUGUUCACUGUUUUUAAUUCCUUAUGUUUUUUUUGUUUGUUUUUUAAUGUAUGUGGGUUUGUGCAAAUGAAAGUUUAUUGUAUGUUCUUUGUAGUUUUGUAAGACUAGAUGACAGCGGUUCACCCCUGAGCGUUUGGUACCAAAGGAGGCUUCAGUCGGACAUUAAAUGGAAAAACAGAUUUUUCAGGGCUCCGGUUUCACGGUCUGCCCCGGUCCCGCUGUGCGAUUCCAGCCUCUCGUGGACAGAUGAGCACUAAAACAGACAAAACAUUCGAGUCCCUCCAAGGCCCCGUUAAACAUUUGUUUCUAAACGGGUCUGGAACCUGUUAAAAGGUUUGUGAAACAUCUAGAGAGACCUACAGCCUACAAAUUGGGAGUCCUGAAAAGUUUGGAAAAUGGACGGUCACGCUUGCUUCCAGCUGUUGGCAGACGGCAGAAACAUUUGGAAUUCUGGGAUUUUAAAUGAAAAAAAGAAACAAAAGAUAAAAAUAAAGGCCUUCUCUUUUUGUUUUGUUUAUUUUAGAUGUAAAGCCAAGAUUACAUUCUCUUAAGAAAAUAAGAGCAGCUUCUCCACCAUAAAUGUAGUUGAAGUUGGUUGGAAGCAAUGGAAAGACUAGAACUGUAAAUAUAUCAAGGCCGUCCGUAGCAACAGCAAACAUGCACCAUAUAAGCAGCGUAACAUUUCACAUUUACUACUCAGCGUGUCCAACAUACCAAAACUGUGAAACUACAUGUUUGCUGAAAGUUUAUUGUGAAGGUUUGAGCAAGCUGUGUGAAAGUUUUUGCUAGCUUCCUCAGAAUUAUAACACUUAAACCAGCAGUGUGAGGCAUCCUGUGGUUUCCUUGUAUUGGGAAAUUAGCAGCGGUCAACAUCAUCAGAGAGAACCAUUUCUCAAAAUGUCAUGGUGCUGUUUGUGCUUGAGAGACGUCUUCAAAUAUCCAUUUGAAAGGAUUCUUAAAAUACUGAAAUGUUUUUGUUUUUUAUUGUCAUUUUCAUUAAAGCAUUUUAAAAGACAAUUUAUUAGAAUGAGGUUUUGCACCACCGUGUCUUUGCAGAUGGAUUCAAAUAAACAUUGAAAUGUUUUCUG